AUGAGUGUGUGGAGUAUCCUAUCGAAUGAACACAAUCGAUUAUGGUUAGCACAAGCCGGUCGCCAACUAAUUGCCGAUUUGAUGAGACAGUCACAAAAAGAUCCGGCAAAAUUCUACGUGGCUUAUGAUGCGAUGAUGCAGUUUUUAAUGAACGAGCAAAAUAAGGGAAUCUUUGAAGAGGAACUGAAACAACGACGAGUGGCAGACUUGAGUUUCUGGGAUGUGAUGCUGGAUUUUGUGUUGAUGGACUCUUUCGACGAUUUGGCACGACCUCCGCCAGCCGUAUACGCCGUGACGAAGAAUAUGUUUUUGAGUCAUUCGAUGAAAGAUUCAACGCUUACGACCCACCAAAAUGGUUUUAUCGCACACUUUUACAAUAUUUCUGAAGUGAUAUCGCCAACGAUAACAUUGGGAUUUCUUGGUACCGAUGAGCAUGUGCGUGGAUUAUGCCAAUAUUUCAAGGAACAAACGUUUUCAUUCGUAUCGGAUAUAUUCAACAUAAAUCGCGUUCGUUAUACGGAAUUGAACGAAUUAGCCGACGACAUUUGGGCGAUUCUUCAAAGUCGUAUCAAGACCGUUCAGAAUCGACUCACCACUGAAGUUGUUCCAGUUUCGUAA